AAAAAAAAAAAAAAAAAAAAAAAGAGAAAAAAAUAAAGGAAGAAGACUAACCAGGAAAAGAAAAAUACUGAAGAAGAGGAAGAAGGUGAAAGGAGUGAGCCAUGAAUACGCUUUGUCGUUCAGUCGCGCAAAGAGCAUUUGCAAAAGAACGCCUUCCUUCUUUGCAAUCUUACCACCACUACUACUCCACAGCAGCUGCUAAACCUCGUUAUAGGGCUACCAAAACAAUGACGUCUCAGCGUUCUCCUCCUUCUUCUCCUCCUUCUCCUCCUGAACAGACUACGUAUACUCUGUCUUCUCCUUCCAGAGGAGCCAAAGCAGCCCAGAGUUCAGCUUCUUCCUUUUUAUCAUCGUCGGAGGUGAUAUUGAAGAGGCCCAGCGAGAUUCCAUUCCAGGCCAAGGUUGCUAAUUCGGUUCAAUUGAUUGGUUACAUCCCUAAGCCUGUUCAUUUCCAAACCACUCAUGAUGGCAAGCCUUGGGCUUCCACAACUAUCACCACCCAACGCCCUUCUUCUACUUCUACUGACUCUGCUCUUUGGAUUCCAAUAAUAUUUGAGGGUGACUUGGCUCAUAUUGCCGCUUGCCAUGUGAAAGAAAACGAUUAUGUCUACAUAACUGGACAAUUGAGUAAACAUCAUCCUUGGAGGAAUGCUAACCAGGGUGAAGCCAGUGUUCAGGUUAUGGUGCAAAACCUCAACUUUGUUGAGGCAUCUUCUCCAAUGGUUAAGGACUCUGUUCAUAACAUUGAAGAAGAAGUGACCUCUUGUGACUCUGACAGUGGAAAGGAAGAUGGGGAUACUGCAUUGAGUCCUUGGAGAGAUCUUCUUGAUAAUCCAAAAGAAUGGUCUGAUUAUCGUAGUAAAAAGCGUGAUGGAUUGGUGAAACCAAAGUAUCCUGAUUUCAAACGUAAGGAUGGUAGUCAGGCAAUCUGGCUUAACAGUGCACCAAAGUGGGUUUUAUCAAAACUUGAAGGACUGGAGUUUGGUAAUCAAAUUAAAAACUCCAAAGGAACAAAGCAGUCCAAAGAUGUUUUGUGGAAAGACUUGGUGGACAACCCAGAUAAAUGGUGGGACAAUAGACAGGAUAAGUUCAAGGAAAGUCAGCCAGACUUCAAGCACAAAGAAAAUGGUGAAGUGCUAUGGCUCAACAGUUCACCAGCUUGGGCUCUAUCUAAGUUGCCACCUCCAAGACCACCGAGGAAAGCUGUGGCUACUGGCAAGAGGGAAACACUUCCCUCCUGAAACAUACAUUGAUCUAAUAUAAAAUUCCUACCUCAGUUUAAUGUUUUGCUAAAUUUUGGGAAUGAAAGCUCAGUAUACUAAAAUUCCUUUUUUUUUUUUUUUUUUUGUUUGGUCUUUUCUGGUGUAUUAUAAGGAAUGAACUUUUCGUGAUGGCCAUCUUUAAUACGCCUUUGAAAUGAAUUCUUUUACUAUUGGUUCAA